AUGCUCGAUAAACUCGCUCUCAAAACUGCGUUGAAAGCUGGCGAAAAGGUAACAAUGAAAACAUCAGAGAAAUUGGCUGUUAAGGUCGUUGAAAAAGUCGCUUCGAAAGGAACAGUGAAAUUUGUCGGCAAAACAUCCGGAAAAUUAGUAAAGAAAUUGCCCUACGUUGGUGUAGUGGUCGGCAUAGCUUUCGGGUUAUGGCGAAUAGUUGACGAUGCGGAAGAUUGGCAAUCGUAUGCUUUGGCUGCUGGUGAAUUGAGUUCUGGUGUGAUAUCGAUAGUACCGGGAAUUGGAACAAUCGCUUCAACAGCAAUCGAUGCGGGUCUAUUGGCUUUUGAUCUGAAGUAUGUGAAACAUGAACAACAGACACAAGAAGAACCAGAACAAGCACAAGAAGAAAUAAGUCAUGGCAGUGAACUAUAA